CGCGGUCCUGGACACGUCUAGGAGGUGGUGGCGGCGACGUCGUAGAAGGAGGAGGCGCGGAGGAGCCGACGGCGACGACGACGACGACGGCGGCGGCGAGAUGCGCGAGUUCAAGGUGGUGGUCCUCGGCUCGGGCGGGGUGGGCAAGAGCGCGCUCACCGUCCAAUUCGUGUCCGGCUGCUUCAUGGAGAAGUACGACCCGACGAUCGAGGAUUUCUACCGCAAGGAGAUCGAGGUGGACAACUCGCCGUGCGUCCUCGAGAUCCUCGACACCGCCGGUACCGAGCAGUUCGCGUCGAUGCGCGACCUGUACAUCAAGAACGGCCAGGGUUUCGUCGUGGUGUACAGCUUGACGAAUCAUCAGACCUUUCAGGACAUCAGGGCGAUGAAGGAGCUGAUUACGCGCGUCAAGGGUACGGAACGCGUCCCGGUGCUCCUCGUGGCGAACAAGCUCGAUCUGGAGCAUCAGCGGGAGGUUGGCACCGAGGAGGGCCACCAGCUCGCGCAGCUCUGGGGCUGUCCGUUCGUCGAGGCGAGCGCCAAGAACCGUACCAACGUCAACGAGAUGUUCGCCGAGAUUGUGCGCGAGAUGAACUUCAGUCCCGAGAAAGAGAAGAAGACCUAUUGCUGUUGCAGUGUCCUCUAA